GCGUUGUGUUUCGUACGCGAAUGCAGCAAGCGUUCGUAGAAGACAGUUACGUGAAUUAUAGUUUUCUUCACGAUUUGCCGUCUUUUAAUAGGGAAUAGUGGCGGCGGUUGAAGUUUUUUGUGUUGUAUGACACGUUUCAGUUAUGGAAUUUAGCAACGGGACUUGCUGCAGACUAAUCCCAGGAAAAGUAAACAUUAGAAGAAUCACCAAAGAAUGCCAGGUAGAAAUCGACCUCAGACUGUACAGCCUACAGUAACACUACAAUCUGUUGUGGGUACUCUAAGAAAUAACACAAGUACAGAAAGUGAGAUUUCUGAAGAGGAUGGGGACAACUAUGAGCUGCGUCCUAGGGGAAAGGAGAGAGCCAAAAGGAGCACCUCAAGGGACAGACUGGAUGACACUGUGUACUUAACAAGGGCGAUCCAGGAAGCUGACACUUUAAAUUCUAUUGCACUGCAGUACUGCUGUACGGUAGCAGACAUCAAGAGGAUCAACGGCCUUAUUAAUGACCAAGAUUUCUUUGCCUUGAGAUGUGUGAAAAUACCAGUGAAAAGAUUUAGUCUGCUUACAGAGACUCACGGCUCUUUUGUCGCUAAUCAGGUGCUCUAUCCUCCAGCCACACAGGAUGCAGCAGAAGUUCAAGAACAGGCCUGUCUUUUGUCAAGUAAAAGUGCUGGCAGCUACUUACAAGAUAUUGAUAGAAACAUAGAGCAAAUUGUACAAAGUACUGAUAGUUCCAGGGGAAGUCUGAAUGAAGUCGUUUCUUCUUUUUCCACACAACAGCCGUACUUGGAAAAGGACCGAAAGACAGUACUUCACAAGGAUCCCUACUAUGGUGCAGACUGGGGUAUAGGGUGGUGGACUGCAGUGGUGAUAAUGUUGAUAGUUGGGAUUGUUACGCCUAUAUUUUAUUUGCUUUAUUACGAAGUUUUGAUAAAAGCUGAUGUUGGCCACCAUCCAACUACCACAUUAACAAACCAAGUUGUCCUCCAGGACUUACCUGUGCAAGAAACUGUUCAUGAUAUUGACAUUACUACUGUGAAUAAGGAGCAUGCCCCCUUGAAUCACGGAAUUGAUGCAUUCCAUCAACAUCAGUCAUAGCAGUACGAGUGAGGGAAGACCGUUCAGCUUUUUUUUUCUUGGAAGCUUGAAUUAAUACAGCCCAACAACUUCAUAAAUAAUAGUGCAAGUGAGAGUGUACAUCUUUCUGCAUUUUUUUUCUUGGAAAUUACUUGCAGUUUUAAGAUUUUUAAGUGUACUAAAGUGUUACGGCUAUAGACAAGAGUGGAUAUAUUCAGUGUAAUGUGUCUGACUUUUGUCUUGGAAAAUACAUUGCCUUUUGUUUUGUUACAUUGACCAAUCGACCAAUGAUGUGCAGCAUGAUAGACCGUGAGUAGUCGUUUGCUGUACACUUUAGGCGCAAUAUUAUGGGGGAACUGGCAGCCAUAAUAAAGCUAAGAUGCAACACAAGCAAGUUAGGGAGGACUAAAAGUGUGUAAAAUUAAAAGCUAAGAAUUGGAGCUCAUGGAAGCGAGUAUUGUAGACUACUUGUAUUAGAAAUUUAUUGUACAGCCUGAAAAAAUAAAUUGAAACCGUAAUUAAAAUUUCACGUUCAGGUAUACCGGGUUAUAGUGGAAUGAGUGCAGUGUAGUAAAACUGAACGUUUGGCAUUUCCUGAAAUCUGCCAGCAUUAAGUGCAAGUUAAGUACUACCUAAGCUUUCUUUUCCAACAACCCCAGCAAAAAGCAUGUCUUGUGAUAUGCUUAUUGCAAGAAAGAAUGUUGGUAAAUCAUCAGUAUUGUUGAUUACCAUUCGUACAGUAAUUGUCAUACCUUAAAGUUGAUGGUUUUUAGUUGUUUUCUGCGAUGGUGUGACCCUGUCUGUACAUCAGAAGUAAACCGCAAUUAGCUUGCAGUUUACCACUAUAUCUGUUGGGUGAAGCUGUGUCAGUGCCACCAAGUCAGGAGAGUAAGACCUGGUUUGUUUUAUCAGCUCCUCAUCGUGAAGUAUUUGUAUCUCUCACAGACUUGUGGUUUGCUUAAGUUAUACAGCAGAUGGCUCGUAGCUUUCACAGAUCUUGAUGCUAUUGCUCUGCAGCUGUCAAAAAUCUUGACUGCCUAUUUAUAUUGGGAUUUUUGUGUAAACCUCUGCAAUAUUUUUUAAACCUUUUAAUAUUUGACCGUGAAUUCCUUUGAUCGUGUUACUAUAUAUCAGUAAACAUAAUGAGAAUGAAUUAUUCAUGGCAAACUCAAGUGGCUUCUCUAAAUACUUAGGGUGCAAAAACAAUAGCACACAGGCGCGGUUAUAACACAGACUGUCUUGGAUAAUGCGGGACAUAUUGUGAUUUAAGUGAAAAUUCAUUUAGAGACUGCACAUUUCCUGUUUGAGUAACAUGUACAGCAAUAUUCUGGACAAAUUGUGACAUUUUUAUUAAAAAAAACUAAGUUAUAUUUUUAAUUCAGAUAAAUAAUAUUGACUGUGCUAAGCUGGUAUUAAAGAAAAUAUGACGUGAGAUCAGUGUUGUAUGCUGUAUUCUGACUUGUACAUAAUCUGCAAGACACUUUCUGAAACUACACUGUUUUCACAACAUUAUUGGCACAAGCAGCAGUAUUAGCAGAACAUGAUAAAUGUUACUAAUAAAUAUUCUAGCAAAACAGACAAUAAAAGUAUAUGAAAUUGCGUCUUAAA